UGUGUCUGGAGCAGGAGCCCCGUGCGUCUGACCAGGAAGGUGGAAGGGGCCUUGCAGGGCUGAGCUAGGUGGGCGUGAUACAGGAGGCCCCGGGGCACUGGCUCAGGGAGUGAAAGAGACCGUAAGCCGUGCCCUCCCGGUGACUCCCCUAGGUGUGUUUAGUGACAUUGCUCAGCAGGUGCAAGAAAGAUGGGUCUGUGCCAAAGGCCCAGCCCAGAGAUGCUUCGGAUUUUUCCCUUUAUGCCCCUGUAACCAAGCCCUACUCCUCCAGCCCAUAUAAGCCACAAGGGCCAAGGCCCGACACUCACAGCCUGGCCCUUGCUUGCCUUCUGUCCUGUGCUUGUUCGUAGCAGCUGCCUCCUCUCUCAGCCAUGAUCGCCAGACAGCAAAGCGUCCACAGAGCUUCCAGGGGCUUUAGCAGUGGCUCAGCCGUUGCUGGCGGAGUCAAGCGGGUGGCCUUCAGCUCGGCCUCCAUGUCUGGGUGUGCAGGCCGUUACUCUUCUGGAGGCUUUGGCAGCAGGAGCCUUUACAACCUCGGGGGCCACAAGAGCAUCUCCAUGAGCGUGGCUGGGUCCUGUCAAGGCGGUGGCUACGGGGGUGCUGGAGGCUUUGGUGCUGGAGGCUUCGGUUCCGGCUUCGGUUCCGGCUUCGGUGCCGGCGGCUUUGGCGGUGGCUUUGGAGGCUCCUUCAAUGGUCGAGGCGGCCCUGGCUUUGUCUGUCCUGCUGGAGGCAUUCAGGAGGUCACCAUCAACCAGAGCCUGCUGACGCCUAUUCAGGUGGAGAUUGACCCUGAGAUCCAGAAAGUCCGCACUGCCGAGCGGGAGCAGAUCAAGACCCUCAACAACAAAUUCGCUUCCUUCAUCGACAAGGUGCGGUUCCUGGAGCAACAGAACAAGGUUCUGGAGACCAAGUGGAACCUUCUCCAGCAGCAGACGACCAUCACGUCCCCCAGAAACCUGGACUCUUUCUUUGAGACUUACAUCAGUGCCUUGAGGAAGAACCUGGACGCUUUGGUAAAUGACAAAGGACGCCUGCAGUCGGAGCUGAAACUCAUGCAGGACAGCGUGGAGGACUUCAAGAGCAAGUAUGAAGAUGAGAUUAACAAACGCACAGCUGCAGAGAACGACUUUGUGGUCCUCAAGAAAGACGUGGACGCUGCCUACAUGAUCAAGGUGGAGCUGGAGGCCAAGCUGGACAGCCUUAAGGAUGAGAUCAACUUCCUGAAGGUCCUCUACGAAGCGGAGCUGUCCCAGAUGCAGACACACGUCUCAGACACAUCCGUGGUGCUGUCCAUGGACAACAACCGGAGCCUGGACCUGGACAGCAUCAUCGCUGAGGUCAAGGCCCAGUAUGAGGAGAUCGCCCUGAAGAGCAAGGCCGAGGUCGAGUCCUGGUACCAGACCAAGGUCCAGCAGCUCCAGAUGUCAGCUGACCAACACGGAGAUAACCUGAAGAGCACCAAGAAUGAGAUCUCAGAGCUCAACAGGAUGAUCCAGAGGCUGCGGGCAGAGAUCGAGAACAUCAAGAAACAGUGCCAGACUCUGCAGGCAUCUGUGGCUGAUGCAGAGCAGCGUGGGGAGCUGGCCCUCAAAGACGCCUACAGCAAACGCGCAGAGCUGGAGACUGCCCUGCAGAAGGCCAAGGAGGACCUGGCCCGGCUGCUGCGGGACUACCAGGAGCUCAUGAAUGUCAAGUUGGCCCUGGAUGUGGAGAUCGCCACCUACAGGAAGCUUCUGGAAGGAGAGGAGUGCAGGAUGUCCGGAGAAUGCCGGAGUGCCGUGAGCAUCUCGGUGGUUGGCGGCAGCGCCAACAUCGGCGGCGGCGCUGGCAUCGGCCUUGGCCUGGGAAGUGGUUUUUGCUCUGGUUCCGGUUCUGGAAGUGGCUUUGGGUUUGGUGGUGGUGUCUAUGGCAGUUCUGGUACCAAGAUCACCUCUACCACCUCCAUAACCAAGAGGUCCCAGCGAUAGAAGAGACGGGAUCCUGAUGGCCCCGAGCCCAGCAGGGCCGGCCAUUCAUGGUGUCUCUGAGCUUUCU